UCCACCAGCACCGCCAGCGAAAACCCCAACAACGACGCCUAUUUCUUCUGCUCGCCUCUCCAACCCCCCAGAUCCAGACCCAAAGAGGUUGUGAAAGUGAAUGGGGAUACCCAAAAACCUUCAUGUAGGGAUAGUAUGACUAAAGAGAACUCUAACUUGAACAAAAUUGAAGAAAAGAAAUUCAGCCUCCACCCGCAGCAAAUGAAGAGGAAAAAGAAGGGAGGAUACAAUUUGCGUAAAAGCCUUGCUUGGGAUCGAGCUUUCUUUGAGGAAGAAGGUGUAUUGAACUCCGAAGAAUUAUCCAUGAUUACUGGCAGUGUAAACUCUAGUGGGUCGUUGUCAGUCAUCCAUGAAGAGACUAGUUGUGGUACUGAUUCAGCGUAUCUUCAGGGGCUUGAAGAGAACUUAUUCAAGGAGAUUCCGGGAAGUACACCAAAGAAAGAUGGGAUUACUGGUGGCAGACCAUUGCCAAAGCAUGCUUCACCAGCUAGAGAUAAUGCAGUACCAGGUUCUGCGGGCAGACGGAAGGUGCUGUCAGCUCGUGAUAGCAAUAGAAGUGGCUCAAAACGCAGUGGUUGCCCUCGCCCUAUGGCUUCCUCUUCAUAUCCUUUUGACUAAGUUUCCUUUAUGUAGGAGUUUUGGUAUUUCUUGUAAUUGAUAUGAAUUUGUGGUUCAGUUGUCCUUGACUUAUUUCAACUCUGAAAAGGCCUGCAAAUGUGAAUACUCUCAAGUCAGCAACUAAAGAACCAAAAAUUUCUAAGCUACCUGUUCCAAAACCUGUUCCAUGUGCUCUCUCUAAGACAUCCAAGAACGUGACAGUUGGUGCAAGUGAUCUAAAACGGAGUCAGAUUGCUCAUCCUGUCAAUUUGAACAACACCAAAACUGGUCUAAAUAAUGCAAAAGUUGGUCCUAUGGGAAAAUCCUUGACUGCUAAAAGUUGUACUCGUCCAACCAGAAGAAAUGUGGCCAGUUCAGUGAAGUCUUCACCAACCAAAGCACAAUGUCUGCCAGUUACAGAAGCAAACAAUGGAUCAGAGGUUAUCACAAAACAAGCACUUCCUUCUACCAGUCAUACAUCAUAUGGCCGUGAUGACAUAUCCAGAAAAAUUGCAGUUCCUGAGGAGGUGACCUCAAAACAAGCACUUCCUUCUGCCAGUAAUGCAUCAUACUGCCGUGAUGACAGACUUAGAAAAGUUGCAGUUCCUCUUCCUCACACUGGUGUGAACUUGCCACAUACUCAACUCCAAACAUCAAAACCAUCAGGUUUGCGGAUGCCAUCACCCUCGCUGAGUUUCUUUAAUCAGCAAAAAGCUUCUUCUUUACCUGGCUCCCAUAAGAGCAGUUCACAACCAUGCAAAAUUCCUAAGUUUAGGCAAAUUGGUUCUGUAAAUCCAAGUCAUGAAUUGAGGCCGCCUUCACUUGGGAAAAUGCCAAAUGUGACCAAUGCUGGGACAGUAAUGGGAAAUAUUAAUGUUCAGUGUUCAAGUUCAAGUUCCGUUCUAUCUGAUACUAGCCCUGCGGCAAUGGACAAAGUGGAUUCAGUCUCGCAAAUAAGACAUGUGCAGGCGGAACUGAAGGUAUCAUCUAAGUCAAAAGGUUAUGGUAUGACAGAGGAUCACAGAAAGUUAAAUAGCAUACCUGUUCAUGGCUACCAACAAUCUACCCCACAAGCAGAACCAAAUAUUACUGAAGAGCUUUCUUACAUGGAAGAUGUAGAAUUUCAGAGUGAUGGUAAAUGUCUAAUGGAUCAGGGGUUGUCUCUUGCAUUUCCUCCAAAAAGUACAGAGAUUCAGGGCCACAGUUUCGAGAAGGUUGCAGAUGCUAGUCCAGAAGUCCAAAAUGGUAGUGCAGCUGAAUACAAAAUAGUUGAUGCCUUCUCUUACUCUAGAUGUGAAGAUCAAGCAAAAGAUGAUAUUAGUACAUUGAAGACAAUGAGUAGGAAUCUGCAUGUGGAAGAUGCACAAAUGCUGGCUUCAGAUAGAAAAACAGAUGAAAUCAAUGGUGUCAAGCUGAGCACAUCAGCUCCUGAUAAUUGGCAAUUGGUGAAAGUUGAUAGUGAAAAACCUGAACACCAAGACCUUUCAAAUCCCUGCUACAUUGGAGAACAAGUUUACCAGGAUGAAAGAUUAAACUUAAAUGAUUGUGUGUUGGAUGGUUUUGAUGUUCUUCCUGAAGAUUCCCAGCAGAACAAUGUUCUUCCGCGUUUUGAGUCAAAGGAAGCAGAAGGAAAUGGUGCCGGCCCAAUUGAACCCGCAAUUUCCAGAAACCUUUCUGUUAUACCACCUGUGAUGCUUGAUUGCAGGUUUAAUGAAGUGGAAAUGGUGGACUCCCCUAGUGUGGAGAAUAUUGCAUCGGUAUCUGAAGACAAUGGGCCAGUGGUUGAGAACCACAACCUUGAUACACAGUUCAGGAAUGACAUUCGUCUUCAUGGGCAAGCUUCUUUGGAAUUGCACAACAUGGAUGAAGAUCAAAGAAGAGUUUCACUGACUGCUCACGAUAUUAAGACAACUUCUUUAAAAAGUGGAGAUUCGACGUCCCAACUAAACCUGACAAUGCAGGUUGAGGCUGGUUCUGCAAAAGACACAAUUGAACACAGAUAUUUGGGAUUUAAAGGUUCAGAUUUAUCUGUUGAAAGUAGCUGUCAUGCCUCUCAGUUGCAGCCUGAAUAUGACAUAAUCUCUUGCCACCAAGAUACUUCAAUGGCGCAAAUUAAAUUCAUGAGUGAUGAAAUAAAUGUAAUUGAAGAGGAAACUAACGUGCCAAGUGGUGAAUUUGAUGAUGGAAAACACAAUGUUCAACAAGCUAAGCAGGAUAUCUCUUGCUUUAGGGCAGAAGCUAGAAUACUGAACUGGAUUCCAGGGGAUUAUGGCCUUUCAUUUGAAGGUAGCAAAUCUGUGGAAGAGUGCCACAAAUAUAACACUGGGAACAGUGAAGAUAUCAGUUUGAAAGUAAACUGGUGUGAUGCAAGUGGAUUGCAAAGCCCCCCUGAUCUAUCUAAGCAUGAAAUCUUGGAAGAAGCAAAUAAACAAGUUGAUGAAGGUAAUGAUGUGAUUAAGGAACCCCUACCUGGAUCUCCAGAGGAGUCCUCAGUUGCAAAUUGCAGGUACUCAGUGGGUUUUAAUAAUGCACAUAAACUAUCUGGAUGUCCAGAGCUUCGGCAUCCAAAUAUUGUAGCAGUACAAGUAUCACAGGAAUUUAAGCCCAGAUCAGAUUUGAAUGGAACUUUGCUUGCAAAUAAUGCUUCCUGUAAGGAAUGUGAGGAAACUGAUGAGCUUGUUGUAGAUCGGAAUGAUGCUUGUGGAAGUGAACCCAAGUGUUCAGAUGCUUGUAUGGAAGUAGCACCAGCAAUACCUGAUGGCACACCUGAUUUGGGGGGAAAGGUUGACUACUCACAACUGGAACUUGCAGUGACUAGAAGUUCCAUGGUUGAGCAAUCACCAGAAAAGGUUCACGGUUAUACAAAGUCCAGGGAUACCAAUAGGCUAUGUGAUCAAGCUGCUUCCGUGGAGUCUGACUCAUCUGCAAAGACAACCAAUGAAGAAGAUUCUGUGCAAACUUUGGCAUGUAAUUCCUUGGAAGGGAAACUAAGGUCAUCUCUUAUUUCUGAUCAGACAUCACCAAGUGGAACCAUUCUGCAGGAUAAUGAAGUUAAUGUAUUGAGCAGCAACACUUUGGCAGAGGAUGCUGAAACUAAUAUCUUGAACAUUAAUCAUACUCUUGACGAUGAACAGCAGCAAGGAUUAGAUGAUACCAUGUACCCACCAAAAGAUAAGGAUGCAACAAAAGAGCUUAAGAAGUCUAGGAGCGGAAGGAAGCAAGAUGGCCUUGUUAUAAAACCUCCAUCAGAUGCUGUUCCAUUCUCUGAUGAAUGGUUAGCUGCAAUUGAAGCAGCUGGAGAGGAAAUUUUAACCAAGAAAGGUGGUGCUGUACAGAAUUCACCCCCGAACAAGUCUCCUCCUCAACUAGGUCCAUAUUCACCGGUGAAACGGAAACAAAAUCAAGUAAUUGGACCAUUUGAUUGUACAAAACAUACCAACAACCCCCCCGGUUCUCAAUAACCGAAGAGGGGUUUUGCCUAAUCAUUCGAUGUCACUCACAAUAUGACAGCCUUUUUUCCUUUGUCAACAACCCAAUGUCAUCGUCACUAAUUCUCUACUGACAUUUUCCACAAUACCUUCGUCUAGAACAUAUACUUGAAAAAUCCUUCCUUUCUUUUUCCAUUUCUUUUUAGAUUUUACCACUUUUGUUUUGCCUGCAUUUCCAAAUGAAUAGUGCAGUGCAAACUUUCUCUCAAGAAAUGCACACUGGGUACAAGUUUAAAUUUUUGAGCAA